AAGCAAACCGUCGCUCGACGGUCACACUGGUUAAAAAGCUUAAAAAAAACACUUGGCAAAAUUCAGAUAAUAAACAAAAUCAAAAAUAGUUGAAUUUCGAAUAAGAUGGAAUACGAAAGUGUGCUGAUCGUGAAGCCGGAGGUGUUUAUCUACAAAAUACCGCCCCGUGCGAGCAAUCGAGGCUAUAGGGCGGCAGACUGGAAUCUGAAGGAGCCCACCUGGACGGGCAGGAUGCGACUGGUGGCCAAGGGCACCGCCGUCAUCCUGAAGCUGGAGGACAAGACCAGUGGCGCCCUGUUCGCCAACUGCCCCAUCGACACAUAUCCCGGCGUGGCCAUCGAGGCGGUUUCCGACAGCUCCAGGUACUUUGUCAUCCGGGUGCAGGACGAUAAUGGACGAUCGGCGUUCCUCGGCCUCGGAUUCGGAGAUCGAUCCGACUCCUUCGAUCUGAAUGUGGCGCUGCAGGAUCACUUCAAGUGGGUGAAGAACCAGGAGCAAAUCGAAAAGGAGAAGACGGAGCCCAAGCAGGAGCUGGAUUUGGGGUUCAAGGAGGGCGAGACCAUCAAGAUCAACAUGAGGAUAACGAAAAAGGACGGCUCCGAGGGAUCCUCACGCACUGGCAAGAACAAGGGCUCAUCAGGCGUCCUGCCUCCGCCGCCUGGUGGUCUCGGCAAGAUCGCUCCACCACCGGCCGCCGCCGCAGUCACGACGGUACGGCAAAGUCCCGGCGUCUCGCCCGCCCACAGACCCGCCGCUGGAGGAUCCGAAUGGACCGACUAUGCAUCCGCCGGUGGCAACCAAGGACAACAGAACUCGGCCAAUGCCAACUGGGUGCAGUUCUAGAUAGACAUCGUCCUGUUCCUGCUGCUGCUGCGCCUCUACCCCCCCAGAACUUUAUGUUUUAAGACUCUUCAGAUGUUUUUUUUAUUCACCAUUUGCAAGCUUAUUAUUUUCGUUUUAAAUACGACCAAAAGAUUGAACAGAACAUUCAGCAUAGGCGUCACGCGUUAAAGUUAAAGUUUUUUAAUUAAAUUGAAAUUGUGUAUUAGUUUCCCCAUCCACCACUUGUCCUCUCCUCAUCUCCAAUUUUGCGUCUCGCUCUAAUUGGUGGAUAAAGAUGAAAGUGGGACAAGUUCUCAGUGGGCGGGGAUUUGUAGCAAACUAUUUAGCCUGGUUGUUAAUUGUAUAAAUGAAGAUAACGAUAAUUUGUAUGGAAAUUAUUCUAAAAUGUAAUUUGUUAACGUCGAGAUAAUGCAAGUAAAAAUGCAAAUUAAGUUUAAAUCAAGUUAUACACGAACACGAAACACUGCAUAAACUAAACUAAAGUGAAAUAUUCAAAUUUUGAGUACUUACACACGAACAUACACGCACGUGAAAGGACAUUCCGCAGAUGACAGAUGGGACGCAUUACAUACCACUUUAAUUUAUUGUUAACUCUCCAAAUACCCCCUGAUCAACUUGUUUCACACCUACCUUAAAUGGAAUACAUGAAGUUAUACAGAUCUAUCAACCUGUUCCCGUUUUCGACUUCGAUCAAAUCGUGUGAGAUCGAAAUUGGUUUAAUUAAGGAUAGAAAACACGAAUCGAUAUGCCAUAGAUCGUGAUUUGUUAGCCGAUUUACUAUGAUUCAACGAACGCCUGUUUCGCUUAUGCAAUGUAUCGAAAGUUCAAUUUACAAAUUAAAACAUGGUAAUUUCGAUCCCACAAAUCUUGAAAGAAUAGCAAUCGGGAACACGGUAAUAUAUUUUUUUUUCUGUUUAAAAGUGGCACAUACAUGCAUAGCAAUUAAGUAAAUCAAAUGAAUUAUAUAUAAUAUACAAUAUGAAGAAAUAUCCAUAUGUAUUUAAUAAACCACAUAAUUGUAGAGAAGGAAAUCUUGCUAACUCUGAAUUGUUGUUUGAGCCCCGAGAAAUUGACCCCCCAUCCCCAAUCAAUAUCCUACAACUAUGCUAGACGAAACUGCGUUCCGGUCUCUUGUUUCUGUUGCUGUUGAAAGAUGAUCAAAACUCAGAAAAACUACA